AUGAGCUUCACACCACCUCAACCUCCUGUGUUCACUGGUGAGAACUACCACAUUUGGGUGGUAAAAAUGAAGACUUACCUUCAGGCACAUGACUUGUGGAGUGUAGUGGAGAAUGAUGCCGAGCCACCUCCACUGAGAGCCAAUCCUACUGUUGCUCAGAUGAGACUGCAUGCUGAGGAGUCUGCCAAGAAGCCUAAAGCCAUGGCCUGCUUGCAGAAUGGAGUGUCUGAUGUUAUCUUCACUUGCAUUAUGGCAUGUGACUCAUCUAAGCAAGCUUGGGACAGGUUGAAGGAGGAAUUCAUGGGGUCUGAGAAGACUAGACAGCAACAGCUGAUUAAUCUAAGGAGAGAUUUUAAGAAUCUCAAGAUGAAAGAAGCUGAGACCAUUAAGCAGUAUGCAGAUAGAAUAAUGGCCACAGUGAAUAGUAUAAGGUUGCUUGGUGUAGACUUUGUUGAAAGUAGGGUGGUCGAGAAGGUGAUCACCACACUUCCUGAGAGAUUCGAGUCUAAGAUAUCUUCAUUGGAGGACUUGAGAGAUCUCACAACCAUUUCUCUAUCAGAAUCGGUGAACUCACUCUAUGCUUUGGAGCAGAGAAGGGCUAAUAGGCAGGAAGAAAACUCUGAGGGAGCCUUUCAAGCAAGGGCCAAAGAAAGCUCUAGUGCAAGUCAAAAAGGCAAGAAGCCUUGGCUUGACAAGAAGGACAAAAUCAGAAAGGAUUCAAGCAAGAAGACCUACCCACCAUGCACUCACUACAAAAGAACCACACACUCAGAAAGAAACUGUUGGAGAAGACCAGAUGUUCAAUGCUGGAAAUGCAAGCAAUAUGGUCAUGUUGAGAAAAUCUGUAGGAGCAAAGGCAAAGUACCAGUACAGCAACAAGAUCAGGCACAUCCUGCUGAGGAUAACAAGCUCAAGAGGAGCAUGUUUUCAAUGCAUCUUCCUUUGCAACUACAAGCAAAGCCAAAUGUAGCUGGCUUGUAG